ACGUCAUGAAACCUCAUCCCUUUCGCUGGAGUGAAUCUUACGGGGCAUUCCCUAUUCAUGUGGUAUUUCCAGACAUUUACGUUUUUCUGACGCAGCUCUGUGAGCGAGUAGCGUUCAAUCCACAAUCGCCAACCACCCACCCCUACAACGAGUUUUCUGUCCAGAAAACACACCCUCAUAAAUGAUGAGAUAUUUAGAUGUAUUUUAUCGUCUUUAAAAUAUAUAUUCAAUGUAAAAAAAAAAAAAAAAAAGAAACGAUACAUAAAUAAAUUUCCUAUAACGCCAUUCUUCGGUGUCAUUUCUCUCGUCAUUACCCAGAGGCCACGCCCCAUCCCGCCUGUACGUAAUUCACGCCUCAUGAAUAAACAAAGUACUCGCUCUCUCUCGAACUGCUUGAUGCGUUCACGGCAGAGGCGCGUGAGUGUGGUGGGAAAUGCGAGCAAGAUGGCGGCGUUGAAGGAGGAGCAGUGCUACGGACUGUCCUGUGGAAGAGUGAGCAAUGGCAGCAACAUCUCCGUCUAUCACGUCAAGCUGACUGACAGCGCGCUGCGAGCGUUCGAGGACUACCAGAGCAACAAGGGCCUGACUGCUCAACCACUAAUAAGAUUCACGGGAAACCAAGGGAAAAUCUCAAUACCGCAGUCAGAGAAUCCAAAUGAGCUGCGAACGUUUACGUUCUACUUGUCCAAUGUGGGGAAGGACAACCCCCAGGGCAGCUUCGACUGCAUUCAGCAGUACAUUACAAGUGAAGGGAGCAUACAGCUGGACUGCCUGGGUGGGAUCCAGGACAAAAUCACAGUGCGUGCCACAGACGACUCCUACCAGAAAGCCAGGCAAAGCAUGGCUCAUGCUGAGGAGGAGAUCCGCAGCCGUGGAGCCAUCGUCAUCAAGCCUGGUGGGAGAUAUGUGGGUAAGCGGGUAAAAAUCUGGAAGCCCAAAACGGGUGUAUCUGACGUAGCUCCAUCGCGACAGACCUCACGACCCGUUAUCAUCUCCAGCAGUCAGAAAAAGAGCCCGCCGCGGCCGCUGAGGGAACGGCUGGUGCAUUUACUGGCCCUAAAACCCUACCGCAAAGCCGAACUACUGGUGCGGCUCACCAAAGACGGCCUCUCUCCUCAGGACAAGGAGACACUGGACAGCCUCCUGCAACAGGUGGCUAACCUGAAUAGUAAGGAUAACACCUUCACAUUGAAGGAUUGUUUGUUUAAGGAAGUUCAGAAAGACUGGCCUGGUUACACUGAGGUGGACCAGCAGAUUCUGAAGAGAAUUCUUGUACGAAAACUGUGUAAGCCUCAAUGCAGCACUCCUGCUUCUGGGGAGAGCCCGGUCAGCCCACACAAAGAGCAGGCCAGCAGCUCACCCUCACAGCAUAAAAGGCCUGCAGCAGAGUUCAUAGACCCUCUGGCCAACAAGAAGCCUAGAAUAUCGCAUCUGGCCAGCAAGUCUACAGGGCCCAUCAACGGCAAACUGAGCUCCUCCAAUGGGAAGGACUCAUCUAGUUCUCAAGCAGGAGAGACAUCCUCGAGCUCUCAACUCCCUGUGUUGGAGAUCCCCCGACCAUUUGACCCGCUUUCAGACGUUAGUAAUGACUCCAACGGCCGAGACUGUGAGAGUCAAGAGGCGGCGGUGGCAGAGAGACUAAGUCAACCUCCGUCACUUGCGCCUCAUUCCACGACACAAGCCGAAGGGCCAGGGUCUACGUCCCCAGCCCACGGCAGCCUAGGUGGGUCUCAGGGUCGGACGAAUCUGCCCUCCCUGCACGGCAAGUCAAAGAAGAAGUCCAAAAAACACAAGGACAAAGACAAGUCUAAGGAAAAAGACAGGGACAGAGGGAAGGAUAUCAAGAAGGAGAGUAAAAUCAAGGAAGAACGUGGCUCGGAUCAGAGGAAAACCUGUGAAGUCACGAUGAGUGGUAGGAGCACAGGUCUGAACGGAACGUGCGACAGCUCCAGUAUUCCUGCAUCUUCGUCGGAGACUGCAGACUAUUUAUUAAAGUACACAGUGAUAAGCUCACAAGAGCAGCGUCAGAGUUACAAGAAUGACUUUAACGCAGAGUACAGUGAAUACCGGGGCCUCCAUGCACGGAUAGAGAGCAUAACCCGACAGUUCACUAUACUCGACUCAGAGCUCAAACAGCUCCAACAAGGCACAGACAAGUACAAGACAAUCCACAACCAGAUACUUGAAGAGUAUCGCAAAAUAAAAAAGAUUAAUCCAAUAUAUAGCCAAGAGAAGAACCGCUGUGAAUAUCUACACAACAAACUGGCACAUAUAAAAAAACUGAUAGCAGAAUAUGAUCAACAGCAACUGCAAAACUGGCACUAAUGACACAACAUUUUUCUCUUUAACUUUCCUUCUCUUUUGAGAGUGAAAGAAUCUGGAUUAUUUUUUGUUUUUCUUGGCUUGCUCUAAAAACAAGUUGCUCUGUAAAAUGCCAGGAAACUGAUCUUUUCUCCUAAAGUGAGCCCAGAGCUCUAGUGAGGACAAUGCAGACCCAUGAAUUUCAUUUUCAUUAUUGUUUUUUUAUGGGACUUGGGAGAUGGGCAUGCCUGGCCAUACUUACCUGUGUAGCCUACUUCAUUAAGGGAUAGCCACGUGUGGCAUUGGUUGCUACCUUCCCUUUUCAGAGGCCUCCGAAAAUCGUUCUGUGGAGAUCUUGCCCUUGUUUGCCAAACAGGGAUAACAGACACUGAAAUGGAUCUGGCAAAUCCCAAUCCCAGUUUCUCAUAGUUAAGGUUUUAGAAAAAGGAAGGAAAAAAAAAAAAAAACAUAUUUUUUUUCUCUAUGUACUAAAAUGGAAGGUUCUAAAGAUAAACUAUUUUAUUUUUUAUUUAUUUUUUUUCCUGCAUUUUUGUCUUCCAUAGGGAUACAUCAGUCUGAUUUAUAAUAUUCACACUUCUAGGUAUGAGUGCUAAACAUCUUUUCCUGCCCCUUUGGUCUUUAUUUCCUUAAUAUCUGUCAGUAUUUUAUGCAAAAUGCUGCCUUGGAUUUCAAGAGAUCCCUAUUGCGGUACAGUUUUCCCCUAUCGAUUUGAACAUUUUAUUUUUUUAUUUUUUUAGAGUGCUGUAUUGUCUGAAGUAGCACUAUUUGGAUUCUCUGGUCUUUUAUUUUGUGCAGUGCGCUAGGCCAUGUGCAAUGGACAUAAAUUGGAUGCCUAUCGAAGAAGAUCUCUAUACAGUUGCUUUGACAGUAUUAUGCUACAAUUGAGACCCAUUUAUUUGAGCAGCUAUGGUAGAACUGAACUCAUACUAUGAAAUGGUCCCUGUCUGAGCUUGUUCAGUUGGACUUUCCAUUCCAGAUGUGAGAGAGUGCUACAGAUUAGGUGCAUCUAUGCUCCAUGUUACAAUGCUUUGUUUUAGAGUUUCGUACCAAAGCUCUGUAGAUGGCUAUCAGAAUCGAAUAAGCUUACCCAUUGGCCCAAGUUCAGUUAAAGGGUUAGUUAACCCAAAAAAUAAAAUGUUCUUAUCAUUUACUCACCCUUAUGCCAUCCCUGAUGUGUAUGACUUUCUUUCAUCUGCUGAACUGAAAUGAAGAUUUUUAGAAGAAUAUUUAUGCUCUGUAAGUCCAUACAGUGCAAGUGAAUGGGUGCCAAAAUUUUGAAGCUCCAAAAUCCACAUAAGGGCGACAUAAAAGUACUCCAGAUGACUCUGGUGGUUAAAUCCAUAUCUUCUGAAGCGAUAUGAUAGGUGUGUGCGAGAAACAGAUCAAUAUUUAAGUCCUUUUUCCUUCACUUUCACUUUCUCCUCCUGCUUUUAAUGAAUCAAAUUCUUCGUGCAUAUCGCCCCCCUACUGGGUAGGGAGGAGAAUUUAUGACCUAAAAUAACUUAAAUAUUGAUCUGUUUCUUACCCACACCUAUCAUAUUGUAUCUGAAUACAUGGAUUUAACCACAGGAGUCUUAUGGAUUACUUUUAUGCUGCCUUUAUGUGGAUUUUGGAACUUCAACAUUUUGGCAUCCAUUCACUUGCAUUGUAUGGACCUACAGAGCUGAAAUGUUCUGCAGAAGAAAGAAAGUCAUACACAUCUGAGAUGCCAGGAGGGUGAGUAAAUCAUGAGAGAAUUUUCAUUUUUAGGUGAACUAUUCCUUUGUUCAUUGCAAUAGAGUUUUUAACUGAAACUGCAUCAAGAUCUGGCUGAUUCAAAUCUGAAUAAUGGAAUCAGUUGUGAUUUAAGGUGUGGCCAAUUUUUGCAAACAUGUGCCUCUCCCAAGCUGUGGUUCAUCCCUCCUGUAUCUACUGUAAUUCAGUAUUGCUAGUUAUGAGUGUGACGAUAACAUAUGUCAGGUCCGUACACUUGCGGACAAAUUUAUGAUGCCAUUCUUCCAGAAAAUAAUGAUUGUAUCCCUUUAAUGUAGCCCUGUUGUAAACACAUAGGGCUGGUUGGUAAAGAAUACCCGAAACACAAGGAACGCAACCUUAUACACUCAUUAAACAAUGUCUUCUACCAUCUUAA